AUGCAGAACAACUACAAGGAGCACCUCUAUAAGAUCCUGGUAAUAGGGGACCUGGGGGUGGGGAAGACUAGCAUCAUCAAGCGCUAUGUUCACCAGAACUUCAGCCCCAACUACCGGGCCACGAUAGGAGUGGACUUCGCCCUGAAGGUCCUUAACUGGGACCAAGAGACUGUUCGGCUACAGUUAUGGGACAUAGCAGGUCAGGAGCGAUUUGGGAACAUGACGAGGGUCUACUACCGUGAAGCCAUGGGGGCGUUCAUCGUUUUUGACAUGACGCGGCCUUCCUCCUUCGAGGCUGUCACCAAGUGGAAGGAGGACCUGGACUCUAAACUCACACUGGCCAAUGGGAAAAAUGUGGCCGCUGUGCUAUUGGCUAAUAAGUGCGACCAGGGGCGGGACGUGCUGACCAACAACGGGAUCCAGAUGGAGAAGUUCUGUCAGGAGAAUGGCUUUGUGGGAUGGUACGAGACCUCUGCCAAGGAGAAUAUGAAUAUAGAUGAAGCAGCGAACUGUCUGGUGAAGCACAUCAUCGCCAACGAGAAUGAUAUCCUCCAAUCAGAAGUCCCUGACACCGUCUCUCCGCAAUUAAACUCUGUCAGGGGUGGGACCUGCUCCUCCUGUUUCAAAUCAUAG